AUGGUGUUCAUCGCUCUCUUCCCGGCCGUCGCCAUGCUCGCCAUGUUCAUUGUGCUCAUAAUAAUGGUCAUCCUGCGCCACGGGGAGCGCAUCUGCAAUCUCCGCCACCGUGCCUUCCCGGACGAUCGAGAGCUGAGCGAACUGGCGUACGAGCAGCGCAUCAGCGUGGCCUAAUCUAACUCCCUUGCACACCGUCCAAUCCGUCCAUUGCAACAUCCGUAGUCUGAUCUUUUUCUACCGCCCCUUUUUAUCAUCAACUCAGCGUUCACGCGCAAGUGUUUCUUUUUUUUUAUAUACAAAAUCAUGGAAUACUUUUGAGAAUAAA